UUGUCAUACUUCACAUCAAUUUUGCCAAACAGAAGAGUCUAGACUUCAGGGCAUGCAUUCAUUUCAUAUUCUUUUUCUUUUACUGUCAUGUCUGUUAGCCCAUGUGACUCAAUUCAUUUGCCUUUUCUUGUUCUUGCCUAGAAACUCACCUCUUGCUCUUACUGAAAAUCUAAAAGCUUCUUCUUUUACCAACCUCUUUCUCUUUCAAUCAACAGUGAAAUCUUCUUUCUUCAAAAGAACACUCACCAGCCUCUUCACAAUCUUAUUCCAAUGCGCUGAUUCUUGAUUUUCUCCAUACAUGGCCUAUGUUUUCAGGUUCGUCUAUGUUCUUUUGUUCAUAUCCAUUCCUGUCUCAUGCCAACUCAACGAACUCUACUACCCUGGUUUUAAACAUGUCGACACCGUCAAUAUAAGUUUAACAGGAGUAGCAGAGAUUCAGAAAAAUGGCAUUAUUCGCUUAACUAAUGAAACAAGUAGACUAAUGGGUCAAGCUUUUUAUGCCUCUCCGUUUCAAUUCAAGAACUCUAGUAAUGGCAAAGCUUUCUCUUUCUCUACUUCUUUUGCUUUAGCUAUAUUCCCCGAGUAUAAAAAACUCGGUGGUCAUGGUCUCGCUUUCACAAUCUCAGCUUCAAAGGAUCUAAAAGGUCUUCCAAGUCAGUAUUUAGGUCUUCUAAAUGCAAGUGAUUUAGGUAACUUCACAAAUCAUCUUCUUGCUGUUGAAUUUGACACUGUUCAAGAUUUCGAGUUUGGGGACAUCAAUGAUAACCAUGUUGGUAUUGAUAUCAACAACUUGAAGUCGAAUGCAUCUGCUGCUGCUGCUUAUUACAUCAACGAUACUUCGAAGCAAGAUCUAAAUCUCAAGACUGGAAAGCCAAUUCAAGUUUGGAUUGAUUAUGACUCGAUCCAAAAUCUUCUCAAUGUGACUAUUUCACCCACUUCCGAGAAACCAAGAUUGCCAAUCUUGUCAUUUCCUAUAGAUCUUUCACAAAUAUUUGAAGAAUAUAUGUAUGUCGGGUUUUCUGCUUCAACGGGUUUGCUUGCGAGCUCACAUUAUAUACUGGGCUGGAGCUUUAAAAUGGAUGGGCAAGCUAGAGCUUUGGAUCUUUCUUCUCUGCCUUCACUUCCAAGAGGUCCCAAGACAAAGCAUACAGGUUUAACAAUUGCAGUCAUAGUCCCAUCAGUUUUUCUUGCAAUAAUUGCACUAUCUCUUGCUAUUUUUUAUGUGAUUAGAAAAAUCAGAAACGCUGAUGUAAUAGAAGAUUGGGAGCUGGAGAUUGGGCCUCAUCGAUACUCUUACCAAGAACUCAAGAAAGCAACUAAAGGUUUCAGUGGAAAGGAGCUUCUUGGGCAGGGUGGUUUUGGUCAAGUUUAUAAAGGUAUACUACCAGAUUCAAAAGUUCAAGUUGCAGUCAAGCGGAUUUCAAAUGAAUCUAACCAAGGUCUGCGUGAGUUCGUAUCAGAAAUCGCAAGUGUUGGUCGACUUCGUCAUAGAAAUUUGGUUCAAUUGUUGGGGUGGUGUCGUAGAAGAGAUGAUUUUCUUCUAGUUUAUGAUUAUAUGGCUAAUGGGAGUUUAGAUAAUUUCUUGUUUGAUGAGCCAAAAAUUAUAUUGAACUGGGAACAGAGGUUCAAAAUUAUAAAAGAUGUUGCUUCCGGACUUCUUUAUUUACACGAAGGCUAUGAGCAAGUGGUGAUACACAGAGAUGUUAAGGCCAGCAAUGUUCUACUAGACAGUGAACUGACAGGCAGACUUGGUGAUUUUGGGCUUGCAAGAUUAUAUGAACACGGAUCGAACCCGGGUACCACACGGGUGGUUGGCACCUUGGGCUAUCUAGCACCAGAAAUGCCAAGAACAGGAAAGGCAACUGCCUGCUCAGAUGUGUACGCAUUUGGUGCACUUCUGCUCGAGGUUGCUUGCGGGCGUAGGCCAAUUGAACCGAAGGCAUCUCCUGAGGAGAUGGUGUUAGUAGAUUGGGUAUGGGAAAUGUUUAAACAAGGGAGAGUACUCGACGUGGUGGAUUCAAGGCUAAAUGGGGAAUACAACGAGGGUGAGAUGAUGAUGGUGUUGACGUUAGGGCUGAUGUGUUCAAAUAACGCACCGAUGGCAAGGCCAAGCAUGAGGCAGGUGGUGAAGUAUUUGGAUGGGGAAGUUGGGAUGCCUGAAAAUUUGAUAGCUCCUCAUGGUCAUGGUAUAGGAAGUGGUGGAGCAAAGGGAAUUGGUGAAGGGUUUGAUGAUUUAGUGAACUCAUUUGCAUCUUCUUCAUUCGACAACAUCAGUACAUCAUAUUCUUUUAUGGAAAACGGGGAACGUUCUCCCCUUUCACUUCUCCAUCUUAGUGGGGAAACCAGGCAAAAACACUGGUGAAAUGACCACGAUAUAUCCUGGGUUAUAUAGUCAACUUUUUUUUUUUUUUUUUUGUUUUUCAAACCUUUCCAAUGAUUAAUAUAUGCCAAAUAUUGUGGAGCAAUUAUGAAUAUUUUGUUUAUUUGAUUUUUCCUUGGGUACUUU